AUGCUGCUCGCGCGCGCGUUCGCGCGAAGGACGGUCUCGACGCCGCGCGCGUCGCUCGCGGCGCGCCCGCGGGCGUCGACGCGCGCGAGCGAGCGCGAGAGCGCGCGCGCGACGGCGACGGCGGCGACGACGCGACGACGAGGCGCGACGACGAGGACGCGCGCGCGCGCGAGCGACGCGGGAACGAAUAAAAAGCGCGACGGCGGCGCGGGGAAUCGAAAGCGCGGCGAGGGCGGCGGACGAGACGCGAGCGGGGUGACGAGCUCGCCCGAGGAGGUCAAGGCGCUGCGCGCGCAAAAGCUGGACGCGCUCGGCGCGCUCGGACAGCGGGGAUUCGAUUACCGGUUCGAUCGCACGAAAUAUUGCGAUGCGCUGCAGAGGGAACACGAAGGAUUGGAGAACGGGGUCGAGAUCGAGGGCUCGAGCGAGGCGGUGUGCGGAAGGGUGAUGGCGAAGCGGUCGUUCGGGAAGUUGGCGUUUUUGUCGCUGGUGGACGAACGGGGAAGCGUGCAGUUGUUUUGCGAUAAGAAACGGUUGGAUGAGACGAGCCCGGGGGCGUUUGAGAUGAUCACGGAACUCGUGGACGUCGGGGACAUCAUCGGCGUGCACGGGAGCGUGAAAAGGAGCGAUAAGGGGGAGCUGUCCAUCGUGCCGGCCAAGGUGCAAAUGUUGACAAAGGCGCUGCUGCCGUUGCCGGAUAAGUGGCACGGAUUGCAGGACGUGGAGAAGCGAUACCGGCAGCGAUACGUGGACUUGAUCGUGUCGCCCGAGGUGCGAAACACGUUCAAGGCGCGCUCGAACAUCAUCUCCACCAUUCGUCGAAUGCUCGACGACGACGGGUUUUUGGAGAUGGAGACGCCCGUGCUGCACACGCAAGCGGGCGGCGCGGACGCGAAGCCCUUCAACACCUUCCACAACGCGCUCGGCAUGCAGCUCACGCUUCGUAUCGCCACCGAGUUGCAUCUCAAGCGACUCGUCGUCGGCGGUUUCGAACGCGUGUACGAGCUCGGACGCGUGUUUCGCAACGAAGGCUUGAGCACGCGACACAACCCGGAGUUUACGUCCAUAGAAGUGUAUCAGGCGUACGCCGACGUCACGGACAUGUUGGAGCUCACGGAAGAGAUGAUUUGUCGAUGCGCGAUGAAGGCGUGCGGGACGCUGACGAUUCCUUACGGCGACGUGACGAUUGAUUUGAGCCAACGCCCGUGGCGCCGGGCGCCGAUGAACGAUCUAGUCAAGGAAGCCACGGGCGUAGACGUCAUGGCGUUCGGGGAUGACUUGGAAGGAGCCAAGGCAGCGGCAAUUCCCGCGCUCAAGGCGCACUCUAAGAAAGCUGGGGAAGGCAUCAAAGGUGUCAAGUUGGCGGCGAGCGUCGGUCACGUGCUGAACGAAAUGUUUGAAGCCGCGUGCGAAAGCGAUUUGAUUCAGCCCACGUUCGUUCUCGACCACCCGCUCGAGAUUUCUCCUCUCGCGAAACCGCACCGUAGUAAACCGGGAGUCACCGAACGGUUCGAGCUCUUCGUCGUCGGUCGCGAGCUCGCGAACUCGUUCAGCGAGUUGACCGAUCCCAUCGAUCAACGUAAACGCCUCGAGGCGCAGAUGGUGACGCACGCGAAAACGAGCGCGGCGCAGCGCGAAGCGGCGGCGGCGAACGAGGCGUACGACGUCGAAAUGGAUGAAGAUUUCGUCGCCGCGCUCGAGUACGGCAUGCCCCCGACCGCGGGUAUGGGUCUCGGCGUCGAUCGUCUCGUCAUGCUUCUCACGAAUUCGCCGUCGAUUCGCGACGUCAUCGCGUUCCCGCUUCUUAAGAAGCAAGACUCGUAAGUCAUACGCGAGAGUAUAUAUAUUCUUAGCGGCGCUACGACA